AUGGGGUCAUCCGUGCAGCCGUCUCGCUUCUUAGAUGCGGCCAUUCUUGGCUUGUUUGCUAUGUUAGUGUCUGCACUCUCUCUAUAUAUGUUCGGCGAACUAUGGAAUGUUGCUCAAGACAAGAGAUUCAGCUCCUGGCGCGUCGGCUUCGUCCUCCAGAAGCUGUUCCCCUUCAAGAAGACUUUCGACAUAAACUUGACGCACAUCCUCCUCUUCACCCUUGCCGUCUUGAUGCUGAGCCUGAGGCCUGAAGCAACACCAGUUAUUGAGGAAACAACAAACAUCCGCCGUAGAGAGAAGACACAAAGAACAGAGAUGGAGGAUAUGCCAACUUGUGCUGCUUCCUCCUCUGCUCCUCAGCAUAAAGGAAGCAAAAAAUUAAAUUAA